AUGGAGGUGGCUGUGGAAAAAGCGGCCGUGGCGGCUGCUGCGGCGGCGGCGGCUGCGGCAGCGUCGGGGGCCCUGGCGGCCGCGGCCCCGAGUGGGGAGAAUGAGGCCGAGAGCCGGCAGGGCCCGGACUCGGAGCGCGGCGGGGAGGCGGCCCGCCUCAACCUGUUGGACACUUGCGCCGUCUGUCACCAGAACAUCCAGAGCCGGGUGCCCAAGCUGCUGCCCUGCCUGCACUCCUUCUGCCAGCGCUGCCUGCCCGCCCCCCAGCGCUACCUCAUGCUGCCCGCCCCGCUCCUGGGGGCCGCCGAGACGCCCCCCCCUGCUGCCGCCGCCGCCACCGCCAACGCACCCCCUGGCUCCCCAAUCUCCGCCACCCCUCCUUACAGCACCCAAGUUGGAGUCAUUCGUUGUCCAGUUUGCAGCCAGGAAUGUGCAGAGAGACACAUUAUAGAUAAUUUUUUUGUAAAAGAUACUACAGAGGUUCCCAGCAGCACGGUAGAAAAGUCUAAUCAGGUUUGCACAAGCUGUGAAGACAAUGCAGAAGCUAAUGGGUUUUGUGUAGAGUGUGUUGAAUGGCUUUGCAAGACUUGUAUCAGAGCUCAUCAGAGAGUAAAAUUCACAAAGGACCACACUGUCAGACAGAAAGAGGAAGUAUCUCCAGAAGCUGUUGGUGUGACCAGUCAGCGACCUGUAUUUUGCCCUUAUCAUAAAAAGGAGCAACUGAAACUUUAUUGUGAGACCUGUGACAAACUGACAUGCCGAGACUGCCAGUUAUUAGAACAUAAAGAACAUAGAUAUCAGUUUAUUGAAGAAGCUUUUCAGAAUCAAAAAGUGAUCAUAGAUACAUUGAUCACUAAGCUAAUGGAAAAAACAAAAUACAUAAAGUUUACUGGAAAUCAGAUUCAAAACAGAAUAAUUGAAGUAAAUCAAAAUCAAAAGCAGGUGGAACAGGAUAUUAAAGUUGCUAUAUUUACUUUGAUGGUAGAAAUAAACAAAAAAGGGAAAGCUCUUCUGCAUCAGCUAGAGAGUCUUGCAAAGGACCACCGCAUGAAACUUAUGCAGCAACAACAGGAAGUGGCAGGACUUUCAAAACAGUUGGAACAUGUCAUGCAUUUUUCCAAAUGGGCAGUUUCAAGUGGCAGCAGCACAGCUCUGCUCUAUAGCAAGCGCCUGAUCACAUAUCGAUUACGGCAUCUCCUUCGAGCCAGAUGCGAUGCUUCACCUGUGACCAAUAACACUAUUCAAUUUCACUGUGAUCCUAGCUUCUGGGCCCAAAAUAUUUUCAAUUUAGGUUCUUUAGUAAUCGAGGAUAAAGAGAGCCAGCCACAUAUGCCUAAGCAGAAUCCUGUGGUGGAACAGAAUUCACAGCCACCAGGUGGUUUAUCUUCAAACCAAUUAUCCAAGUUUCCAACACAGAUCAGCCUAGCUCAAUUACGACUCCAACACAUGCAGCAACAGGUAAUGGCUCAGAGACAGCAGGUGCAACGGAGGCCAGCACCUGUGGGGUUACCAAACCCUAGAAUGCAGGGGCCCAUCCAGCAGCCUUCCAUCUCUCAUCAGCAGCCCCCUCCACGCUUGAUAAAUUUUCAAAAUCACAGCCCCAAGCCCAAUGGACCAGUUCUCCCUCCUCAUCCUCCUCAACUAAGAUAUCCUCCCAACCAGAGUAUACCACGGCAAGCAAUAAAACCCAAUCCACUACAGAUGGCAUUUUUGGCCCAGCAAGCCAUAAAACAGUGGCAGAUUAGCAGUGGACCAGCAUCAACUGUUCCUUCAACUGCCAGUAGCACCACAUCUACUCCUUCUAGCCCUACCAUUACUAGUGCAGCAGGAUAUGAUGCCAAGUCUUUUGGACCACCUAUGAUUGAUCUGAGUUCUCCAGUUGGGAGUUCCUAUAAUCUUCCUUCUCUUCCAGAUAUUGACUGUUCAAGUACUAUCAUGCUGGAAAAUCUUGUGAGGAAAGAUGCUAGUAUAGAACACAACCAACCAAGACCUCCUUCAAACAGAACAGUCCAAUCACCAAAUUCAUCUGUACCAUCUCCAGGCCUCCCAGGACCUGUAACAAUGACAAGUGUACAUCCACCAAUCCGCUCACCUAGUGCCUCCAGUGUUGGAAGCAGAGGAAGCUCUGGCUCUUCCAGCAAACCAACAGGAGCUGAUUCUACACACAAAGUCCCAGUAGUUAUGUUGGAACCAAUAAGAAUCAAGCAGGAAAAUAGUGGACCACAUGAGAAUUAUGAUUUUCCUAUUGUUGUGGUAAAGCAAGAAACAGAUGAAGAACCGAGAUCUCAAAAUACCAACUUUCCAAGAAGUAUACUUACCUCAUUGCUCUUGGAUAGUAACCAUAACACCACAUCUGAGGAAACUGUUUUAAGAACAGAUGCUCCAGAUAGUACAGGAGAUCGACCAGGACUUCAAGCAAGUCCUUCAAAUGGAAAGUCUGGAUGGGGAGGCACCUCACAGAAGUCACCUCUUCAUGGUGGAGAAAGUAGAAAAGAAGAUGACCCCAAUGAAGAUUGGUGUGCAGUGUGUCAGAAUGGAGGGGAACUCCUUUGCUGUGAGAAAUGCCCUAAAGUAUUCCAUCUUACUUGUCAUGUGCCUACGUUGAUGAAUUUCCCAAGUGGAGAAUGGAUUUGUACUUUUUGUCGAGACUUGUCUAAACCAGAAGUUGAAUAUGAUUGCGAUGAUCCCAGUUAUGGCUCAGAAAAACGAAAAUCUGAAGGACAUGGGAGACUAACACCAAUAGAUCAAAGGAAGUGUGAACGACUACUUUUGUUCCUUUACUGCCAUGAAAUGAGCUUGGCUUUUCAAGAUCCUGUUCCUUCUACAGUGCCUGAUUACUACAAAAUAAUUAAAAAGCCUAUGGACUUGUCUACCAUCAAGAAGAAACUCCAAGUGGAUUCUCCAAUAUAUACAAAGCCUGAAGAUUUUGUGGCUGAUUUCCGACUGAUUUUUGAAAAUUGUGCUGAAUUUAAUGAGCCUGAUUCUGAAGUAGCAAGUGCUGGUAUAAAACUUGAAAGCUAUUUUGAAGACCUUCUGAAAAACCUUUAUCCCGAGAAAAAAUUUCCAAAGCAGGAAUUCAAGAAUGAAACAGAGGAUACCAUAUUUAGUGAUGAUUCAGACGAUGACUUUGUACAGCCACGGAAAAAGCGUCUCAAAAGCAUUGAUGACCGCCAACUGUUUAAAUAAGUGGCACAGUAGCAAGGACUGGUUUGAACUUUUUUUUAAGCCUUUUUAUUAGUCAUUAACAUAAUUACAAGGAAAAGUCCAUGACCACUCUGACUUUUAGGUUUGUGGAUGUGUAAUAGAUGUUGAUUUCCUUAAUAUCCCAUUUCUCUCUCACACACACACACCCUACCCCCAUUAAGGAAAGGAAAAAAGCAUCAUUGAAGAUCGAGACAGACCUUCCCCUUCUCAGAAAUUACAAAACAGCAUCUGAAAGGGUAGCUGCAUGACUAUUUUAAAGAAGGGAGAAAGGCUUUAUUUAGACUUAAUGUUGAAAACUUAAAUGUGGUUUCAACGUGUGAAUUUAUCCAUUUUCAGAAAAUGUGAUACCACUACCCAUUAUUCUUACCAAAGGCACGUGGCUGGCUAUUAUAAAUUUAUUCUACUGUACUUAACAGUAUGCCACGAAGAUGAUACUAUUAAAUGUCCUAGGAUAAUGAUUGGUGCGAUUGAAGUGUAGGUAGAUGCUACUAAGGAAGUACCUGAUGGUCUGUCAUGUAAUAUGGAGAGUGUAUUAAAGAAAAAUCAGGAAAACAAAUGCUUGGAUCUAUUUUUUGGCUUGUCUGUGAAGAUGUUUUUAUGUAUCAGGUGU